AUGCUUGCUCUGGUGACCGUGGGCUUUCUGCGUGUUUACUUGGCGCUUGGCUUCACUCAUCAGACAAACUCGCGGGGCCAUUUUGUUCAUGUCGGAGCACAGGAUACAGAAGCACUCCUUAAGCUUCAACAAGAGCUUUUGGACAAGGCCCAGGCUGCCGUGGAGGCCCAGCAGGCCCAGGAUGGACUGUCUGAUCUAUCGACCACGGCAUCCACACCCCAGUUUACAACUAGAGAGAGAGAGAGAGAGAACUUAAGAGCGAGAAAGAGCAAAGACACAAAGGAAAAGUACAACGACCACAGAGAGAGAGAGGAAUUGGUUGAGAGAGAGAGAGAGAGAGAGAGAGAAGAGAGAGAGAGAGAGAGAGAGAGAGAGAGAGAGAGAGAGAGAGAGAAACACACACACACUUUCACACACACACACACACACAUCGAGAUGGCAGCGACGUCAAUGAUGGCAGCAUCUGUGGUGGUGCUGGGUUUGCUUCUGGGUCUGGUGGCCCCGGGCUGGGGUGCUGAUGUGGCGGAGUCGGAAAUGAUGACGUAUACGGUGGAGCACGAUUAUGGUCAAGGGUUUCAUCUGCGGGGCACCGUGAAGCCAAAGUCAAGCACGAGCAUGCAUGGCGUCAUGGACCAGGACCUGGGCGAGAGCGACGCGCAAAGCCUUUAUGACCUGGCGCAGGCCAAUGGGCUCUAUCGCGUUCGCGUGACCUCUGAGCGUGGGGAGCACAAGUCCAUGGCAGAGGGCUUUGUACCCGCCGCUGCUCUUUACCAGUCGGGCUUUCAAGACACACUCCGGCUCUACGUGAACCGCGAAGGCUUUGUCCAAAGCAUUGCGCUGACGGCCCGGGGCGGUCAAGAGGGACAGGAUACCCUGCGCAAAAAGAAGCAAGUGUUCAAGACGUCGGUGCUCCUGACUCGACCCACCACGGGCUCGGUGCCGGAUACUGAGCCUUUUGUUCGAGAGCAAACCCGCCGCUUGACCAAGGAGGAGCGCCCCGAAGAGCAACAGGGCUUCUUCAGCAAAUACUGGAUGUACAUUGUGCCGGCCAUGCUAGUCUUCCAGCUUCUCACCUUUAAGAUGCCCGAGGAUAAGAAUGGUGGUGCCGCUGCUGCGCCCGCGCGUCGCUGA